CGCGUCCUCUCAGAUUUUCAAGAAAUGGAGGCUGAAGAUGCAGAUUAUUGGCUCCGACGCGAUUACAUCACUUAAUUGCUGGCAAGAAUAACAGAAUUUUUUAAUUGAUCUUAAUGUUUUCAUUAAAGGAAAAUUCUACAAUCAAUACCGGCUACCUUUUAUCUAGUCCCUCCUCGCCUCCCGUUAUCUUUACGGGUAAAGGAACUAUCUGCUCAUCCAAAGCGGCUUCUUCUGGACUUUUUGCUUGCUUACAAGAAGCAGCGUCGCGUUGUGCUGCGGUUAUACCUUUUUAUUUUUUGGAAAACGGAUUUUUUUAGGAAUGAGAUCUGGAACAGCGAGGGAUGUUUGGACCUUAUUUUGGGGUCCUGUGCUGUUUCUUUCCACCAUCUGCCUGUGGUCUGCGCAUGGAGAAGUCUGUGGUCCUCACAUUGAUAUCCGCAAUGACAUCAGUGAGUUCAAGAAGCUGGAGAACUGCACGGUGGUGGAAGGCUACCUUCAGAUCCUCCUCAUUGGAGACAAGAACAACAACCUCAACCAGGAGCACUUUCGCACCCUGUCCUUCCCCAAGUUGACCAUGGUCACCGACUACCUUCUCCUGUUUCGAGUCUCCGGCCUGGAUAGCCUAAGCAUGCUCUUCCCCAACCUCAAUGUCAUCCAAGGACGCAACCUGUUCUACAACUACGCCCUGGUCAUCUUUGAAAUGACCAGCCUGAAAGAUAUUGGCCUCUACAACCUGAGGAACAUCACCAGAGGCGCUAUCAGAAUCGAAAAGAACCCGGAGCUGUGCUACUUGGACUCAGUGGACUGGUCACUCAUUAUGGAUGCAGAGUUUAACAACUACAUCAAUGGGAACAAGCCAUCCAAAGAAUGCGGUGAUGUUUGUCCAGGUAUCAUGGAUGAUAGAACACAGUGCAUUAGGACCAGCUUCAAUGACAACUACAGCCACCGCUGCUGGACCUCCAACCACUGCCAGAAUGUGUGUCCAAAGAAGUGUGAGAAAAGAGCGUGCACGAAUAAGGCUCACCCCAAGUGCUGUCAUCCCCAGUGUCUGGGCAGCUGCACUGAACCAGACAAUGAUAAGGCAUGUGCCGCCUGCCAGCAUUACUUUCACGAGGACCGCUGCGUUGAGGCCUGCCCGCCGGGCACGUACAAGUUUGAAGGUUGGCGCUGCAUCACCAUGGACAUGUGUGCCCGUGUCCACCUACCCAGUGAGGUCGACUUUGUCAUCCACAAUGGAGAGUGUAUGCCGGACUGCCCACCUGGAUUCACCCGAAAUGACACUCAGAGUAUGUUUUGUAGCGCAUGUGAUGGACUGUGCGAUAAGGUCUGCGAAUCUAAAACAAUUGACUCAGUGGAUGCUGCUCAGUCCCUGCAGGGCUGCACGGUCAUCAAAGGCAACCUACAAAUCAACAUCCGGCGGGGCACUAACAUUGCAUCAGAGCUGGAGAGUUUCAUGGGCCUGAUCCAGACAGUGACUGGAUAUGUAAAGAUCAAACACUCUCACACUCUGGGCUCUCUGUCCUUCCUCAAGAGCCUGCGAUACAUUCAUGGAGAAGAGCUCACGGAGCAGUUGUAUGCAUUCUCUGCAGUGGACAACCAGAAUUUGCAGUAUCUGUGGGACUGGAGUCAGCACAAUCUGACCAUUAAAGCUGGAAAAGUGUUCUUCCGUUUCAAUCCCAAACUUUGCAUGUCUGAGAUCCAGAAAAUGUGGGAGAAGACUGGUGUUAAGGAAAAGAUGGAAGAGGAUGAUGCUCGUAGCAAUGGAGAACGAGCAAGUUGUGAGAGUUAUAUUCUGAAGUUCAAAUCCAACCACACUCAGAGUACUCGGAUAAAGCUCACUUGGGAGCGAUAUCGACCGCCUGACUACAGAGACCUCAUCAGCUUCAUCGUGUAUUACAAGGAGGCACCAUUCCAGAACAUCACAGAAUUCGACGGACAAGAUGGAUGUGGCUCUAAUAGCUGGAACAUGGUGGAUGUAGACCUUCCUCAGGACAAAUCGACAGACCCAGGGGUAUUGCUGUCCCCACUUAAACCCUGGACACAAUAUGCCAUCUUUGUGAAAGCUGUCACCCUUGUUGUAGAGGACAAGCACAUUCUGGGGGCCAAGAGUGAGGUGGUCUAUAUCCGCACUAAUGCAUCAGCGCCGUCAAUGCCCCUCGAUGCCCGCGCAUAUGCCAACUCCUCCUCAUCCCUGAUGGUGAAGUGGUCUCCUCCCAUCUCUCCCAACGGAAACAAAACCUUCUACUUGCUCCGUUGGCAGCAGCAGGCAGAAGACCGUGAACUUUACAUGCAUAACUACUGUUCUAAAGAGCUAAAAAUUCCCAUCCGCAUCUCAGCCACGGCUUUGUCGGACAUGGAGGGAGAAACAAAGCCCACCAAAUCUGAUGUUGGCGGGGGUGAGAAGGGCUGCUGCCGCUGCCCAAAAACCAAGGAGGACCUAAAGGCGGAAGCUGAAGACCGAUCUUACCGAAAAGUCUUUGAGAACUUCCUGCACAACUCCAUCUUCACACCCAGACCUCCUGACAGGAAGCGGCGAGACCUGUUUGGAGUGGCCAACGGCACACUGCUGCAGACUGCAAGCAGGAACAGCACAGGAACGGAGAGUAACAUCACUGACCCAAAGCUGCAUGAGAAAGAGUACCCUUUCUCGGAGGACAAAGUCUAUACAGAGUUCGUAGAGAUAUCCAACCUGCAGCCCUUCACCGUGUACCGCAUCGACAUCCACGCCUGUAACUAUGAGAUCCACCGUUGCAGUGCCGCAGCUUUUGUGUUCUCUAGAACCAAACCAGCAGACAAAGCGGAUGAUAUUCCCGGCACUGUAACUCAGGAGAGGGAUGAGAAGGGAGAAGGAACAGUGCUGCUGCGGUGGCCUGAACCUCAUCACCCUAAUGGACUGAUCCUCAUGUAUGAGAUCAAAUAUCGCCUGGGAACUGAGCCUGAGAAGCAUGAGUGUGUUUCACGGCAGCAGUACAGAGUGCUGCGAGGAGCUCAGCUUAGCAAUUUGCCCUCUGGAAAUUAUUCUGCCAGGGUCAGAGCCACAUCUUUGGCUGGGAAUGGGUCUUGGACUGAACCAGUCUCCUUCUAUGUGCCACCCCCUAAAAGAAAUUAUGAUAAUGCCUUCAUUCUGGCCAUCAUUAUUCCUGUUAUAGUGCUACUGUUGCUCACUGCAGUGAUCUCCGUUGUCGUCUUUGUCACCAAAAAGAGGAAUAAUGACAGGUUAGGAAAUGGUGUGCUUUAUGCUUCUGUGAACCCUGAAUACUUCAUACACUUCUCAGUGUAUGUACCAGAUGAAUGGGAAGUGGCUCGGGAGAAAAUCACUAUGUGUCGUGAGCUGGGUCAGGGCUCCUUUGGUAUGGUGUAUGAGGGCAUCGCAAAGGGCGUCGUCAAAGAUGAACCUGAGACCAGAGUGGCCAUCAAGACUGUAAAUGAAUCCGCCAGUAUGCGUGAACGCAUCGAGUUCUUGAACGAAGCUUCAGUUAUGAAGGAGUUCAACUGUCACCAUGUGGUGCGACUUUUGGGUGUGGUUUCACAAGGCCAGCCCACUCUAGUUAUAAUGGAGCUGAUGACACGGGGUGAUCUGAAGAGCUACUUGCGUUCUCUCCGUUCCAAAGAGCAGGGCUCUAGCAGCCAGUCUUUACCUCCGCUGAAGAAGAUGAUUCAGAUGGCCGGUGAGAUAGCGGAUGGGAUGGCAUACCUCAAUGCUAACAAGUUUGUCCAUCGGGACCUGGCUGCCAGAAACUGCAUGGUUGCUGAGGACUUCACAGUUAAAAUCGGAGACUUUGGCAUGACAAGAGACAUCUACGAGACUGAUUACUACCGCAAAGGAGGCAAAGGGCUGCUGCCAGUGCGCUGGAUGUCACCGGAGUCUUUGAAAGAUGGAGUGUUCACAACAAAUUCUGAUGUCUGGUCGUUCGGUGUGGUUUUAUGGGAGAUUGCCACUUUAGCUGAGCAGCCAUACCAGGGCAUGUCCAACGAGCAGGUACUGCGCUUCGUCAUGGAGGGAGGACUUCUGGAUAAACCAGACAACUGUCCCGACAUGCUGUUUGAAUUGAUGCGGAUGUGCUGGCAGUACAACCCUAAGAUGCGACCGUCUUUUCUAGAGAUCAUCAACAGCAUAAAAGAAGAACUGGAGCCGCCCUUCCCGGAGGUUAGCUUUUUCUACAGUGAGGAGAACAAGCCACCCGACACUGAGGAAUUGGACAUGGAGGUGGAGAACAUGGAGAACGUUCCACUGGAACCUGCUUCUAUGUUGGCCCCCUCCUCUCAGGGGAGCACAGGGGCUCAGACCCAUAGUCCACAGCCACUCUCCCCAGCUCAGGGGCCAGGGACGCAGAUGGGGUCUGCUCCGACCCCCUCCACCUCACCGCCCUCCUCAGCCUCUCCGGGCCUGGCCUUAGACAAGCACUCAGGACAGGUAGCAGCAAACGGGCCAGUGGUGCUGCUGGGGCCGUCGUUCGAUGAGACGCAGCCCUACGCGCACAUGAACGGAGGGAGGAAGAACGAGCGAGCGCUGCCACUGCCUCAAUCAUCAGCCUGCUGAUCAUGACUGCUCAGUCUCCCUCUACUCCUCACACAGGGUACCCACAUUUCCCCCACCCUUUUGUCUAUGUGGUCAUUUUUCUUUUGUUCUGAGGAGUCAAAACCCAGGGCUGACCGUGGUGACGAUAACCAGUUGGACUGUGUCCUGUCUGGAUGUCUGAGGAUCAUUUUGUUCAAAUGACUUUGAAUGACGGAGGAUGUUUAGGGUGAUUGGUGACUACAAGCCUACAAAAACUCUUGCAAUAUUUAAGAUUUCAGAACAAACCACCACACUAGAGAGCCCUGGCUUUCACUUGUGUGAAGAAAAAAAAAAAAAGAAGAAAACCUGCCAGUUCAUUGUGAAACAAGAGAGACAAGCAUAUUAGCCAGCAAGCCCAGCCCGUGAACACUUUCAGGGUGUAUACGAGUGUGCUUCCUCAGCGCAAGUACUUUUCUUCAACUAAAACUGUCAAUCACAUUUUUCUUUCAAGAUGCUGCAGAAACUUUCUUAGCUGCGAUUGCUUGUUUUCAAUCAGUGACUGGUCACAUUACUGGUUGAUCCACCCUUCUACUUAAACCAUUUCAAGUGUGUUUGUUAGAGAGUGAGGUGGGCUUUUUUGAAACUGCCAAAUUUUUGCCAAAUCAAAUGUUCUUUUUUAUAAAAAAAAAAAAGAUAUUUAUCAUUACCUAACCCCCUAUUCAAAGCCAAUUUUUGGAGGUCGCACUUUAAAGUAGCGCAAUCAAGGGACUAAACUCUCAUACUGUCUUUUAUGGGGGAUUUCUGGACCUCAUCUUUUAUAAUCAGCUUGAGUUUGUAAAUCCUUCCCCUUUGCUCCUUUUAUAUGGCUUUCAUCUCCGACUAUUGCAUGGCAGUUCCUGCUGCACCCACCAUCUGUGAGCUGAGCCUCUGUGAGAGCGAUCUCUCAAGUCGAAAGAAAAGAUUGCAGCGCUAAUCACGAAGGUGAAGAGAUUGGUGCGCUGCAAAGAGGUGAUAUGAAUUAAAAGGGAUUGGCUCGAUCAUGAAGCAAACUGAAAACAGGGGCUUCAUUUGUUUCAACAUCUGUUUUGAGAGAUAAGCGAGGCAUUGUACACAGCAGGUAUUUUUUUAGAUUAGUCAUUAGUCUCUCUGUACAAUUCAUAUGAUUCUAAGAAGGGUCUUACAGUUCUAUGUUAGACCACAAGAUCAUUUACACACAAAUCAUUAGUUUAAGUCAAUUUUGAUAAAUUUUUUACGGUUCAGAUGCUCACCUAUUUGUCUGUACAGAAAGAAGCUGCUAUUUUUUUUCUUUUGUGGGUGUUGUGUGUGUGUAUGUAUGCAUGUAUGUUUAUAUAUAUAUAUAUAUAUAUAUAUAUAUAUAUAUAUAUAUAUAUAUAUAUGUACUGUAUAUAUGUGUGUGUGUGUGUAAAAGAAAUCCUUCAGGUUUAAUAUUUUAUGAUAUCUCCACUACAGUCCAUUUUCUUAUGCUUUAUACUCUUCUUGCAAAAAAGAAAAAAAAAUGCAAAAAAAAGAGAAUAGCAAUUUAUUUUAUUUUUUUUCUCCCUAAGAGGUUGUCUGCAUUGCUACAUGUCCAUUGCCUUGUGUUUUUUAACUCAAGUUUUUUUAUUAUUAUUAUUAUUAUUAGUUACAACAAAUUCUCUAGCUCUGCAUGUGAACUUUAGGCACCCUUGAUACAGUUGUCUACCAUCGUACCUGCUCAUGAGGUGCAGCUCAAUCUCAGGUUAAUGUUAUGGUUUUGUUUUUUUCAGACAUUGUCAUCAUAGCUGAUUCCACCUCAGCUUUUUAGGUUGCCGGCCUCUACAGUACUUACAGAGUAGUAAGCCAAGUCAGUAUGUCAGUGUCCGUGCUCAAGCCUCCUGUCAGGCGUCAUCAUAGAAGGUUUCAUUUACAUUUCUUUACCCUCCUAGACUAUUUUUGUAACCCAUCCAUGUAAUUGAAUAGUAACUAACAGGGCUUAAUUUGUCUCGCAUACCCCAACCAGCCUGUAAUGCCUCCAAACAAAAUACAUUCAUAAUCUCUGCUUUGGCGUCACGCGCAACCCACGUCGACUUUAUAAAUCCAUGCAAUGAGCACUAACCUUCCUGAUGAAAUACGCCAUCUGUAACCAAAUAAGAACGGGUUCAAAUUCAGAAAAGUUAUCAGAUUUCUCAAAGAAUGCUAAAUAAAACAGUAGAGUUCCCUGGCUAGUUUUAUUUUGAAGGAUUUCUCCAUGUGCAUUUGGGAACAUUACCCAGAACUUAUUUAUCCUGUCUUAUUUUCCCCCUUUAAAGGGGUAUUUAUUUCCUUAGUUUUUUUUUUUUUUUUUUUUUUUUGGGUGAUACCAGUUGAAAUCACUGUACAAAUGCCCUUAUGAUUUAGUACAAAGUCUGAAUUCUAGAUGCAUUUUGCAUGAUGUCAUGACUGGGGGACUUUCUUUUUUCAUUUCCUUCAGCAUCUAUCUACCUCAUUCUCUUUUAUUUUAAAUGUGUAAGUGAUGAAUUGAUAAAAUACAUCUCGCUUUUUUUUUCCUGUAGAGGAAACAUUAUCAUCCUCUGUCUUGCCUCUGAUUAAAAAAAAAAAGAAAAAAAAAAAGCAC